AUGCUCGAUUACGCCAAGGCCCUUCCUUUCGUCUUGGUCCUCGCAGCUAUGCGGGACCCGAAGUACUCUGCCGCUUCUGGUAUCGUACAUCCAGCAUCGUGCAACCUUACGGCCUUUCCCCUCUCUGAUUCUGAUUCCGACACCCCUCACGCCCUUCCCGAGGAUUUUUCCAGCUCAGCAUCAGCGACGAAUGAAGAUAAUACUACGCUCGACACUUCUCCUUCUCCGCCUUCAUCCUCGUACGGUAUUAUCGAGCUUCUCAUCAUGCUCAUAAGCCAAAUUGCGAUACUCGCACAUCAACUCCUACAUAUCUCUUCCGUCGUCGAUGUUCUUUCCUCCUCGUUCGUGACCCUCGAGCAGGCCACCGACCUGGAAACGACGAACCUCCACGCCGCAAUGGAGCUCGUCAAGCAAGAUCUCGAUUCCGUUAAGGAUCAGUCGCAUUGCCACGAACGGAAACUUGCUCACGAGACUACAAAAUUCGCCAGCCUCGUCGCUGAUCAGCAACGCCAGAUCGACUACCUCAGCAAACAACUCCACGAGGAACGUGAACUCUCGAUAGAUAUCAAGAAGAAUCUCGAAAAGCUUACUUCUCGCAUCUCGCGAGGCGAUAAGGACCUGGACGCCUUCCACGGACGUUUGCACGGACAACUCGCCCGUCAAGUCAAAGAUCAAUUACGAGCGGAGAAUGACGUUGCUGACCUUCGCAAGGAACUCGAUGCCUUCCACGGACGGCUGCAUGGCCAACUCAUCUGUCAAGUCAAGGAUCAGAUGCGAAUGGAGAGCGACGUCGCCGACCUUCGCAAGGACAUCCCGAAGACACUAUCCCUAUAUCACACGAGGAUAUCGACUCUGGAAGUCGCGUUAUCUCAGGCCAAACCGCCUGCUUCACCUCAGGACGUUGUUUGCAACUCCAAGCCGGUACGAAGUGUCACGUUUGCCGAUACCAACCCCCUGCCAGAGCAAGUACGUCCUAACUCUCAUCAAAAUCUCCCAACGCCACCGAGCACAUUGCCGAAGAAGCAACGAUCAGGUAUUUCAACUUUUACCCCACCGUUUCGGUUCAUUGAUCGUGAAUCAAUUUAUAUCCAGAAAUCCGCGCCAAUCAGCUCAAGGGCAGCUGGAGUACCUACUAAGCCCACCACCCCGAAAACCCCUACGACGGUUGAUUCCGCCAGACGUCCGGUUACUGUCAAGUCUUCGGUUCCUAAGGUCCUGCCGAGCUCAAAGAUUGCGAUAUCUGUCACGAAGGUGUCAUCUGCGCCUAAAGCAGGGGUCUUGAAGACCCCCGCAUCCAAAGGCAUAGGCGCGUCUUCUAACAACCCUGCCCGCAGAGAGUCCGCGACUCUCAAGAAGAGCGGCAUUGCCACCAAGGCCAAAGUGCAGGAGCCUAGAGCUCCUCUCGAGAAGAGCGGCAAUGUCGUCAAGGGCAAUGUGAAGGAGCCUAGUGCUUCUCUCAAGAAGAGAGCCGCCGCCGCCAAGGGCAAAGUGCUGAAACCUCGUACCAACCAGGUGUUGCCUCCGUCCUCGUCGCCAGUUACUCCCGCCACCACAUCGCAUGCCCCGGACUCGACGUCCCGGCCAGACGAAACAUCGCAGGGCGUUGCCAGUCAAGCCCUGUCAUCGGCAUCAUCCUUGGAUGCGCUGGAUGCUGCUGUGCAGCUUCACUCGCUGGGCGACCUGCGCGAUCCACUACCUUCUUUGGACUCGAUGUCUUGGCUGACUGGCGGAUUGGACGGCGUUGCUAGUCAACCCCUGUCGUCGUCGUCAUCCUUGGAUGCGCUGAAUGCUGCUGUGCAGCUCCACUCGCUGGGCGAUCUGCGUGAUCCAUUGCCUUCAUUAGACUCGAUGUCCUGGCUUGACGAGUAUCACGAGAUUGCGGGUCAACCUCUUUGCUCGUUAUCGUCAGUGGAAGCUUUGGAUGUUGCUGUGCAGCUUUUAUCGCUGGACGACCUCCGCGGACCGCUGCCCUCGUUGGACUCGAUGUCCUUCCUCGACGAUGACGCUUUUCCGGUCCCUCCCUUCAAAAGUCUUGGCCGGGAUAAGACUCGAAGUAUCAAGCGUCAGGGAGUUUCAGGUCAAACUCUUCCCCCAAUGAAAGUUUUGGACGCUGCUGUGCAGCUUUCAUCGCUCGACGACUUGUGUGGGACGAUGCCCUCGUUGGACUCGAUGUCCUUCCUCGACGACGACUCUCUUCCGGUUCCUCCCUUCAAGAGCCUUGCACGGAACAAGGCUUGAAACCUGUCUCUUGGUACUCCGCGUACUUGAGCGCGGAAACCGCACACCACGACACAACCCUCCCUUCCCCCCCUCCCUUUAGAGCCUCAGUAUUUGUUUCCUUUCUCUCUCUGUUUCUCCUAUCUCUAUGAUUCAUCUUUUUUUCUCUGCUCUGUAUCAUCUCUCUAUCUCUCUAUCUCUCCCUCUUUUUUUCCCUUCUCCCCACUCUCUCUAUCAGUUUCUCUCUCUCUCUCUCCUUGUAUCGUCUCAUUUUCCUUCUCUUUCUCCAUAUAUCUCUAUCCUCUCUGCUCUGUAUUUUCCUUGCUCUAUAUCUUCAUCUCAUUUUCCUCAGUUUCUUUACUAUCGUAGUAGUCUAAUAUGUUUUCUACCGGAUAUUCAACUGUGUUCAAAAUUGUUCAGCGUUCACCUCUCGCACCUCAAGCUUCCCGCGGACUUGA